AACAGUGCCUUCUGCAAAGCUUCCGUAGCAACACAACUACAUGGAAAUGGAAUCUGAAAUGGAGCGAGGACCCCAGAGCAAACAGAAUCUAAUUAGUGAAAAUGAUGGGAGUCUGGGCUGCUGUGGGUGGAUCCUUGUUAUUAUAUCAGCAUUUUUCAGCAUCCUUGUAUUUCCAAUCAGCAUUUUCAUAAGCAUAAAGAUUGUGAAAGAGUAUGAACGUGCUGUCAUAUUUAGGCUGGGCCGCAUAACAGCACGCAAAGCCAAAGGACCAGGAAUCUUCUUCAUUAUCCCCUGCACGGACUCCUUCAUCAAAGUGGAUCUGAGAACUGUGUCUUUUGACAUCCCUCCCCAAGAGAUCUUAACCAAAGACUCAGUGACAGUUUCAGUGGAUGGUGUUGUGUACUUCAGAGUAAAUGACCCUGUUGCCUCAGUGGCAAAUGUCUCCAAUGCAGAUUACUCAACCCGACUACUGGCCCAGACCACCCUGAGAAAUGUCCUGGGCACCAAGAACCUUGCUGAGGUCCUUUCUGACAGAGAAGGCAUCUCCCAUAGUAUGCAGACAACUCUAGAUGAGGCCACAGAUUCAUGGGGCAUCAAGGUGGAGCGAGUGGAGAUUAAAGAUGUUAAACUGCCACAGCAGCUGCAGAGAGCAAUGGCAGCUGAGGCGGAGGCAUCUCGUGAGGCCAGAGCAAAGGUCAUUGCAGCGGAGGGAGAAAUGAAUGCGUCCAGGGCUCUAAAGGAGGCAUCUCUGGUGAUCGCAGAGUCUCCAUCUGCACUUCAGCUCAGAUACCUCCAAACCCUCAACACCAUUGCAGCCGAGAAGAACUCCACCAUCGUCUUCCCACUGCCCAUUGACAUCAUGAACCACUUCAUAAGGAAAUAAAUGCUGAAUAUUCUUUACAUACAUAUGCUAUCCAUUUACUUACAACUUGUAAUAUGUACUUACAAAUGUGCCAUGUUUUACAUUUUUUUUAUGUUGAAGGAGACUUUUUACUUGUUUAUGAAAGGAAAGAGCGUAAUCUUAAGGUUUACAAAUGGCUUUAUUUAAAAAAUACAUUACCAAUAUUACAAUUCAGAAAUAUACUAAUGUGUAACGUAAAAAUCCAAAUGCAAAAUUUCAUAUCCUCUUGUAAGCAUGCAUACUAUUACAUGAAACAAAUGAUAAAUAAAAAUAAACACAUUUUUGUACAAAA